GUGGCCGGGCUCCCCAUAAUCGUCUCUACUUGUACUUUGAUCCUAUGAUCUGCAUGAAGGUUCGGCCUAGGCGAAUGUUUUGCUUUUAUUUUGUAAAGGUGCACAUGAAGUUAAAUUGACGUUAUUCUAGCGCACCUCCGAUUACAGAGGACAGCAAAGGCGCGCAUUUUUUUUUUUUUUUACGAUGAAUUGCUCCGCACUAACGGUACUCUAAGCAACUUUUGUUGUUUUCAAAAGCACGAUUUUUAAAAAAGUCCUCGUAUCUUCAAGUACAGUCUCAUGAUGUCAGCGGCCGUUCAUGUUAUUCUACCAUUUUUACUUUGCGUUACUUUUGCGAACACUGGCCUUUUCGACAAAGUUGCGGUGGAUAUGUCUUACGAUGCCUACGCCGAGAAGAAGGUCGACCAACUUCAUGCACUUUUGGCCAUGCCGUUUAACUGCCUCAUAAAUGUGGGUUACGUUAUUGUGGGCAUUUGCUGGCUGCGUCGACACAUGGCAGAUGGCGGAGACGCUCGUUGUGCUGGCUAUAUGAAAGACGUUUUUGCGUUCAUGGCAAUUGCUUACGGACCUGUUCAGUGGAUACGCCUGGCCACGUUGCGUCGUGCACCCUCUGUUUUGGAUCAGUGGGUCACUCUACCAAUAUUUGCUUGGGUACCAGUUUGGUGCCACGUUAUAACAAAUGGAUGGUCCACAAAUUAUGCAUUAAUAGUAGAAGCCUGCUCAGUAAUCAGUUACGCUUUGGCGCUUUUUUAUGAACAAGGUUUCGAGGUAGCUCUUAGCUUCCACAUUACUUUCGCCCUGCUGAAAUGUACCGAGGUGCAACGACGCCACGGGGACGCAGUAUCUCUACGGUACUUUGCGCAGGCUGCACUGUCCUGCUGUGGGUUCGUUAUUUUGAAGCUUCUGGACCAUACGCUAGCGCAAUUCUGGGUGUUUCAAAAUCUUACUGGACACUUCUGGUCCAAAGUGUGUGACAUUCUACAGUUCCAUUACAGCUUUUGUUUUCUUACGCGCCUUACGCAAAUUGCGCACAAGGCGACAUAACACGUGUUUAAACAGGUAUAUAGUAUGAAACGUCAUUAUCAUUGGUUCCGCAUAACGGAAUUGACAAUGCUGUGAUAAUUCACACAAAUUGUAAUUAGCCAAGGUUUUUGUUUUUUUUUCCCAUAUGCUGUUAUAAUGCCAACAAGAUAUACACAGACACACAAUAACAUUUACAGUUUUGACACUUAAAUGCUU